AAGUCGCACACUGUGCCAUCUUACAAAGCGUCAUUCACAGCUUAGUCUCUGUUAUGUUACUAGCUGUGUUCGAGUUCACACUUAUUUCAGACACUAAGUGCCAGACACACGAUCUCAUCUCACUCUAGGGUUCUGUGGUCUCCAUUUCACAGACGAGGAAGCCCAGGCUGGGCUGCCCAAGCUGCACAGAGCAGCGCCGAGCUGGGAUUUAUGCUUUCUUCUGACAGUUUCAGAGCCGGGAGCACACCGCACUCCGGGCACAGGGUUAUCACAGAAAGCGGGGUCACCCUGCCCGGGGUCCUCGGCCCCUGAGCAAGGCUCGCGAGCCCCCAGAAGCACAGCUCACCGCCCCCCGGAGGGUUCGCCUCCGGACCCCGGGGCGGGGCGCCAACAGCGCCCUCCUUGAGUCCCAGGCUGGUCCCUGCACCCACCAGCUGGGCGGCUCCGGGUCUCAGUUUCUUCAGCCAGCUGCAGGGAGGAGGCCGUGAGCACUCGGGGGCUCCGCCGGGCCCGCCCUCGGUGGGUGGGGCCGGGAGCGGUCACGUGAGGGGCUCCAGGUCCCCGUGCCCCGCCCCGCCCUGCUCCGGCCCGGCCUGAGUCCCCAGCCUGGAGCGCAGGGCGCAGAGCCUGCUGAGCGCGCUGCCACGCCGGGCAGCUGAGGCCAACGCCGCCGCGGGGUCCGCGGGGCCCUGUUCGCUGCUCGGCCCGCUCCGCGCCGGCUGCGCAGGCGGCUGAACUCGCAGCAGCAGCGGCAGCGAGGACUCGAGGGCGGGUAGCCACGGCAGCCGCCGCUGCAGCGACACCAUGGAUCUGUCCUUUAUGGCCGCGCAGCUGCCCAUGAUGGGAGGCGCCUUCAUGGACUCGCCCAACGAGGACUUCAGCACCGAGUACUCCCUCUUUAACUCCUCCACCAACGUCCACGCGGCCUCCAACGGCCAGGGCCAGCCAGAGGAGCCUCCUCGGUCCUCCAAUGACGCCGUCUUGCUCUGGAUUGCCAUCAUAGCAACACUUGGGAACAUUGUGGUGGUGGGGGUGGUGUACGCCUUCACCUUCUGAGGGACUGUUGGCCUGCGGCUGCACCCAUGUUCUGGAACCAGGAGCUCUGGCCGUGCACAUGGCCUCUCCAGGGCCAGCGUCUGUGCAUCAGGAAUCCCCAAGCAGUCCUGAUUUUAAAUAUUCCAUACUGUGGUCAAGCUGAUCCUGAAAACCUGGGAGCAUGAACUUCUGGAUGCAGAGGCAGGACCAGCCAAAGCCUUUGAGGAGCAUAUUGGGAAUUCUUGGAACUGCGUUCCAAGAACCUGAGACCAGAGGGAACAGCCCAUUGGGCUAACAUUACCGACGUGGCUGGAUGCUAGCUUGCUGGCGGUAAAUAAUCACUUAUGUGUCUUGUUUUUAUGCAAACUUAGCACACCUGGUGUGUGGGGUGCCAGGCAAGAGCAGCCCCCAGAACUUAACUGUUCCCGACCCAAUCUUGGUUUCCCACUCGGCCCCUUGGGAUGUUGAUGGUGGUCACUUGAAGGGCCAUAGAAUGUUCCUCGUUUGAGUUGGAAAUGACACCUUUGUCACCUGACCCCUUUUGAGACCCAAAUCCAUCAGGAAACCCAAGGACUGGGGACAUUACUUGACGCGAUGGGAUUUCCAGGAUGGGGUGGGGUUUUUAUCUACUGGAUGGACUUUCUCUUCUUUUUAAAAAGAGAAGCACCUUUAAAAACUUGAUCUGCCAAGCAGCUAACUCUUCAGGCCUCCUUCAUGAAGAUGCUCUUUCUUCUCUGGGAAGUUAUGGAAUUUUAGAGAUGAGUAAGGCUUGUGUCCACCUAAUCAUUUGAUGGAUGGGAGGGUGAGGGGUGUGAUUUGCCUGCCGUCAGUGGGCAAAUUAAUGGAGGGGUCAGAAUAGGAGGCAUGUUUCCUGACUCAGCCCAAGUUUCCUCCACCCCAGCUAAGCACUCUCUUGGGCAGACUCCUGCCUUCUCAGCUGCCCCCGGGGAGAAUAUCCAGAGGGUCUUGAAGCUGUGCAAGGUGGCAGGACAUUUGGACACCUACGUACUUAAACUCACGUGGCUCCCAUGCACUCUGCUGUAGGUGUGAAUGUGCUCUGUCUGAGGCAGUUUCCUUACAUCCUUAAAAGUCAGUGGCUGAGGGGCCCAGCAAACGAGAGAGCCCUAUAAAAACUGGAGCAGGCUGGGACAGAUAGUAUGGCUUUAGUGCUAAAGGAAUAGUAUGGCAGAGGGCUCAGUUUCUUCUGUCCUUAGGAACUAAGUCCCUAGUUCCCCUUUCUUAGGGAGCCCCCCUUUGCCAACUACAGUGGCAGGGGCUCACGUAUGGGCUCACUCGCUGGCAGGCCAGGAGUGGCUUUCUCCUUGUCAUCUCCCUGUACUGUACAAAAGCAAAUAAAUGGCAAACACACCCCCCUUGUGCUUGAGAAAUUUAGAAAGCUGAUUAAGAAGCCCUUGUGCAUGUUUGGGGACAAUUGAAAACAGCCUGAAUUUGUCACUGUGGUCUCAGGAGAAAUGAGUGUUUUUAAUGAGAGGCAAAGGGACAUCUUAAUUGUCCAGAGGCAGCCACUCAUGUCUGGUAGGUUGGCACCGAGCUGCUCUGAUAACAGGAUUACCAGUCAAGCUCCAGACAGUGCCGGCAGUGGGCUGCCACCUCUUAUUGGCCCCAUCUGUCAGUGUAGCCACACGUCCAUCCACAAACGCUUCAGCCCAAGUGGAGGUCAGGAGUGCAGAGAGCUGGCGUGACCUUUGCAGAGAGGGAGAAGGGAUGUGAGGCCUUCUGUCUGGACUCCUGGAGUGGUGGGCAGGGCGCUGGUGUCUGCAGGAGCAGCCCUCUGGCUGGGUUGGAUAUUAGCCAUUGUGUGCCCCUCAUCCCAGCUGCUUGCUCAGCAGACUCCCCUCUGUCAAGCGCCCGUGUCUGCCCCAUGAGCAAGGUCUUUCUUAGACAGGGUCUUCGUGAGAGACCCAAGGAGGGAGGUCCAGUGCCUGGGCAGGGAGGCAAGGCCAUGCUUGGUGCCUUCUUGAGGAACCUUCACCUUCCUACCCCACAUCCCCAGGGAAGCCUGCAGGCCUGCAGAAAGCAGGUGGCUGUCCCCCGUGCUCCAGAUGGCCUGUGGGGAUGGCAGUGGGAGAGAGGGUCCCAUUUUGCCAUGAGGAGGACAGGGUGGCUUCAGGAGCCCAGGGGCGCCAGUGUUCUCCGGGUCAUUCUGCGCACAGGGGUCUCCCUUAUGAAUGCUUUUUUCCCCUGAUUUAAAUGUCAGUUAAAUUCACCUCUUGUCUUUCUCUCUUUUCAGUGCCAAGGCCAUAGGUGGUCAGGAGUUCUAGGGACCAGUCUGUCCAAACUUUGCAUCACAGAGACUGCUUAGGGUCACUCCAUCUCAUCUCCUAUGGUGUCUUUAUCUAUUUUUAUUUUACCUGCACUCUGGUGACGAGGAUAGACGUGCGUGUCAGCGUCUGAUGAAAGAGGUAGGGGGAGGUUUUCCAGGCAGAGAGUGUGCUACACUCUGCCCCCUGCCUUGGCCAGUACCGGUAUUCUGUCUGGAUGUUAGGCUAAGUCAAGAAUUCUGACACCACUGUCUGAGUAUUAUGUCUAGGCACUGGGCUAGAUCCACAUGUGCAUAUUUACUCCUUACAAUUCCUUUACAGCAUCACUGCUCGAAUACACAGGUAAGGAACCAGAAGCUCAGAAGAGUAGAGUAACUUGCCUGAGGCCACACAGCACCAAAAUGAUGAGCUGGGAUUUGAAUCUGGCUCAUCUGGCUCUUUCUGCCAUGUCAUGCAGCCUUUGGGGGCUGGAGGCCUCUCCAGGGCACAUUAAAACCAGGUCUGAGUCUGUAGAGAACCAUUUUCCAAAGCCUCACUUCAUGGUGUGGCCUGGGCCAGUUCUGGCUUCUACGUCUCUGAGCAUCCUCAGAAUACGGCACCCUCGUCCCCCUGCCUGGUGCCCUCUCUCUCCCGGGCUUUAGGGGUGAUGGUCCCUCUCACCUGCCCCUCUCCCACCCUGUAAAGUUGAACAUCAGUGUGUGGCCAGAGAAACUCCUAGAGACCAGCUUCCUUAGGGUGCAUGAAGAGGGGCCUGGCCAAGGCCAGCAGAGGAGCCCAUGCAGGGGGUGCCUCAGGAAGCCAGGACUGCAGAAGAGAGGCACGGGACCAUCACCGGAGCUUUGGAGGAGAGACCCCAGGACACCAGCCAGGCGUGUUUUAGGGUGUGUCCACACCCUCCCGGAGGGGCCUGGGCAGAUGACCGCUCUGCCGGUUCCUGCGCUGCCACUGAGGUCCCUUCCCUUUUCCAUGAGCUCAAGUCAAGAGGCAAAUGAGACUCCCCUACCUCUCUCUGCCCUCCAGAGAGGUGAUUAUUUCCCUUUAGGAAUCCCCCAGGAUUUGAGGAGAAAUUUAGGGAGGACAGACUAGUACCACUUGGCUGGGGAGGCAGCAGGCCAUUUUGUACCCAUUGUAAAGGAGGGCUUGGAUGCCAGCCCAACCCCUAGCAUAUGCUGGAAUCCCUCCCUGGAGACGUGAGACUUGGCUGUUGUCUGCUCUGCCACCUGAAUCCUUGCAGACAGAUGGUACUCUCCUUCCCUAGGGGCAUGACCUUCCAGUUCCUCAUUAGUAGUGACGUUAAUAAUUAUGAUUCUUACUGCUGGCAUUUAUUGUUCAUCUUCCUGUGCUGUGUGCCUUUUGCAUUUCAUUUACUUCUCAAAUCACCCCUUGGGGGCAGGAGUGAGGAUGCAGAAAAAUGCACAUUAAUUAUUGCCCCAUUUUUCUGUUGGGAAAGCUGAGGCCAGGCUAAGCUCGUAAGCCUGAGAACCCACAGUGGAAGAGCUGAGAUUGGGAUGCAGCUCAGUUGGCUGCACAGGCCGGGGGGUGACCCUGCGUCUAUCUCCCUGUGUCCACACCUUCUAGGAUGAGGCCUCCGGCAUGGCCCAUCCCAAGCCAGGGCCCCUCAGGCUGGGGCUGUUUGGUCCCAGAGAACCAGGUUUAGGUCUAAGUCCUGGGGAAAGCAGUUAGAGGCAUUAGAGAGCAUCUAAUAGGACCUCUAAUUUGGGGAAGGGCAGCUGGGGCCACUUAGUCAAUUAGUGGAGAGCUGACAAGUGCCCGGAUGCCUGGCGCCCUAUGCCUGGCCCAGGGCACAUCUCCCAGCAUGCUCUGCACUCCCCGGGGAGUACAGGGUGGCCCUGGAUGACCAGCCUCAGCUCUGAGAUGGGCAUCAUGUUCUUUGCCAGCUGUCACCCAGCCCCCUUCACCAUGUCCUGGCAAAUGCCCUUGGUCUCCAGGGCAAGUCCUGGGCUCACUGGGCUGCUGUGAGGGGUCACUCGGGGAGUCGUGCUUAGGGGUCCCAUGGGAGUGGUCAGAGCUGGAAUGACCCUUGCCCACUGGCCCACCUCUCCUACCCCACACACUCCACAGGCCCCUGACCUUGGUCAUUCAGUGAGCCGGGCUGAGGGCAGGCUGAGUGCUGAGAGCUCAAAGGGACAGACUUCACAACCUACAAGGAGAAAAGAAGCCUCUCUAAGAAACCCAGGUGAUCAGAAUUAAACUGUGGCCAGUAUUCCCAGCUCAGUGAGUCACUUCUAAGAUUGGACCUUGAGCAUUUUCUUUCCUUUUGUUUUUCAAAAUGGAAACUGUGACGACUGAAGAGAGGACAGCUUCCCCCAGAGCGAGAGGCAGUAACGCAGCCAGAGCAUGAUGGAAUGGCCAGAAGUACAUAAAGCUGACUCCACAAAUUAUGUCAUGUAAAUAUCCACAUUAUUUGUUCUGAGUCACUGUAAAAGUCAUACGUUUUUUAUCACACUAGAUAAUAAAAGCAGAGAAAGCCCUUGGUGAGAGUGGGCAAGCUGUACAGUACCCUGAACGUACCGAGCACCCGUCUUCUGACCUGCGCCUGCCCACACCUCUCCGGAAGAGGUUUGAGACCCGUCCUGCCUUGGGAAUAGAUCCUGACUGGUAACACAGGAAACAUUUUCAGGGAAUUUGUGUUUUGUGGCUGUUGGAGAAAUACAGAGCUCUCAUUCCUCACUGAGUCCCCUCCGUGUGACCAAGCAGCCACCAGGGCCCCAGUGUCUGUCUCACUGUGUUAACAAACUGGAGAGUUCCCGCAUUUACAGAGAAUUGAGAGAAUUGUCCCAACAAUCCAGAUGGUUCUGACCAGGGCUCUGUAAGCUGGCAGGGAGGGGGCUGCCAACCUUUUACACUUGAGGAAACUGAGUGUCUCAGAGGUUUGGGAGAGUUGCAGGUCAGGCUGGUCAGCAGGUCACCCAGGGCAUCUAUCCACAAAGUUUCUGAACUGUUAGGCCAGUGGUUCUUAACUGGGGAAAAUCUUGUUCCCCGGAGAACCUUGGGCAAUGUGCAGAAACAAUUUUGGUUGGUUGGGAAAUCGAGCACUCAGACAUACUAUCUCGGAUUCCCAACGAUGGGUGUUUUCGAAGCUCUACUUUUCCCCGUUUGUGAAUCUUUGAAUAAAUCAAAGCUCUUCCAAGCGACAGCAGUGAUCAUGGUUGCUGCCCUGAUUUCAAAUAACUCCAGCUGAGGGCGGAGGUCUGGACUGUAGAAAGCCUUUUGGAAAUCCACAUAACCCUCCAUUUCUGCUGUCUUGGCUUUCGUGAGCAGUCUCAGCCUGGAUGGAGAACAUCUUAGGACGUGGAUGGGAGGAUGGGGCCGAGCUUCGCCCUUGUUCUCCCCACCCAGGAACUGUCCCUGGGACCUUGAGGGACCUGGCCUCUCACCAAUGCAUCUGAAAAGCACCACUUUGGAGAAGAAGGGGUGGAGUUGGGGGUUGCUUAGCAGCCCUUGUGCGAACCUGCUUCUCUCGUUUCUGACCCUUUUCCAUGUCCCUGCUCUGUUUCCCCCAGUGGAAGGCACUUUCUACUAUUUCAAGUUUUACAGAAACCUUAUUCUUGUAACUCGCCACUCCCCAGAUACCAAUUCUUCACUCCGAGAGAAUCGGAAAUGUUUGUGUCUUACUAAUGUUUUCAUAACCAACUUGUAAAUGUAAGCAGUUUACUGAAUAAAAAGGUAUUUUAACUAUUCUUGUCCUUUGCUACUCAGGCCCCCUGGUUUCGUGAUAAGAUCGCUAACUUUUAUUACAGUGAAAAGGCUAUUUCUUAAGAUAGGAUUUCAGUGUGGUCCUUUGGGGAGAAAUACCCAACCUUAGUGACUGUAAAAUUGUGGCUGUGGAAUUGUGUUCCUUUGACUGUUACACCAUUACUGUUGUCGUUUUCUAUUAUGAUAAUUAAAAAAAACAUUAAUCCUCA